CCGGGAGGGGAGGAGAACACGCCCCUCGGCCCCAGAAGUGCAACUUCAUUUAGCAGCUCCCAGCACAAGGAAACUGCGAGUCUGAAACUGCCUGCGGCUCCCCGGCCGGCUGGGCUGCUUGGCCACCCCGGGCAGGGACCCCGGGAGGCUGGAAUUUAAGCUCCGUUCCUUCCCCGGCAGCAGGACCACGGAAUUUGGGAUUGGAGAAGCAGCGGGAGCCGGGGUGGCCGUAGAAGCUGCUGCCCUGCUGUGUGUAAAGCUUGUUUGAAGUCAUGUCCAGAAGGAAAGCCAACUAAAUCAGCACUCUGCAGGCCCCUAGAGAUGCAAUGGAGGUAGAGUCCAGCACAUACACCGACUUCAUUUCCUGCGACCGGGCGGGCCGGAGAAACGCCGUCCACGACAUCCAGCGGGAUGCGACCAGCAUCACCAUGCGCAAGCUGUCCCAGGACCUUGGAGACCUCUCUGUUGAAGGAACAGAAAGCCCAGGAGAUGCCACUUCUUCCAAGAAUGACCCCGGAGCAAGACCAAAGGAGCAGGGAAACAACCCCUCCCCAUGACAGCGUGCAGGGGGUGGGAUGGGUAGGAGGGCCUUGCUGUGAACAUUAAACAAGAAUUUGCUGUUGAAUCUGCAGGCAAAAACCAA